UGAUAUCCAGCUCAACGUUGCAUCUGUAAUCAUCACCUUCUCUGCACAAAAGUCAUCCAAAUUUGGCUUCCAAAUACUUUUCUGUCUCUGUUCAUAAGAGUUUAAUCUAAUCUUUGUUUAAAGUGAGUUACUGAGGUAGAUAAUCCCUAAACCCAUGGGCAAACGCAGUGGCUGCGUGGCAGGGAGGGCGAUCCCACCAGGCGAAAUGGUUUUCCUCUUCGGUCUGGCUGACUUUGCUCUCUGUUUAGAUCCCCGUCGGGGAGAAAAGCGUGCAUCCUGGGAUACAGGAGAGCCAGCGCUCCGGGUGACGAGUAACGGGACCAGCUUCAGCCUUCGCCGGGACGAGAUGGGGAGGAAGCUGGACCUCUCCAAGCUCACCGAUGAAGAGGCCAAGCAUGUUUGGGAAGUUGUUCAACGGGACUUUGAUCUGCGGAAGAAAGAGGAGGAACGACUGGAGGAGCUGAAAUGCAAGAUCGACCAGGAAAGCAGCAAGAGAGAGUUUCUGACUAAUCAGUCCCACCUCAACGCAACCCACUGUGUCCAUUGUCUCCAGCCCUUCAAGUUCCUGCUGAACAGCAAGCGGCAGUGCCUGGACUGCGGCUUCUACACCUGCAAGAACUGCAGCCGCUACAACAAGAAGGAGCAAGGCUGGGUCUGCGAUCCCUGCCGCCUCUCCAGGAUUGUGAAGAUCGGUUCCCUGGAGUGGUACUACGAACACGUGCGAUCCCGUUUCAAGAGGUUUGGAAGUGCCAAAGUGCUGCAGUCCCUCUAUGGCAGGCUGCAGCCUGGGCAGGGGGUGAAUUCCACGUUUCUAGGUCUUCAUGACAGAGUUUACAGCCUGCCAGACAUUAACAGUGAAUGCCAGCUGCUCACCGGCGGUGGCAUUGGGGAUGACAGCGAUGAUGAAGACGAUGUUCUUCGCGGAGCUGAAGCCGAGUGCUGCAGCAGAAUGCGCAAGACAAAGCGUCUCCUGUCUGUCCAUCCCUUUGAUUUUGAACUGGACUCGGAUUAUUCUGCUCAGUCUCGCCGCCAGUCUGUGCAGCUCUCUCCGGCAGCCGGCAGCCCGGAUGGUUUUCAGUCCUUCCCAGAUUUCUCCAACUCAGCUGAAGAUGCAUCCCAGAAGGAGUCCAGGAUCGCAGAGGCAGAUCUGGUCUUCCACCACGUCUUGCAGGAACAGGGGCCAGGUGUGAGCCACCCAGAGCAGCACUUCAGCACAGAGGUUCGGUUCACCGUUAAUUCACGAAGAAGGAGCCUGGAAAGAAAUGCAAAAUCUGGCAGCCCCUGGAAUGAGCAGCCCCGCUCCCGGUACUCUGCAGAUAUGGACACCUCUGAUGAGGACGUGAAGGGAACACAGUUUCCUGCCUACCCAGCCCAGCAUUCAAAACGCCGAAACAGAGCCUCCUCCCAGGACAACGUCAGCCAAUCUGGGAAUCAGAUCCAUGAGCUCAACAAACGCAUGUCUGCGAUCGAACGCGUGCUGAACCGCUUGGAGGAAAAAAUCCUGGUGCGCUCUGAGGAGUCUCCAGCUACAGAGUCCCAACUUGAUCCUGAUGCCGAGGAGGAGGAGUUGAAGAGGAAGCUGGAGGAAUUAGCCAGCAACAUCAGCGACAAAGAAGUCUCUUCUGAAGAAGAGGAGCGUGAAGAAGAGAAGAGAGUGGAGAAACCAACGAUGAGUUGCUCCAGUGAUGACAUAACCAGAGAUGCUCGAAAGAGGUCGUCGGCUCAGGCUUUGAGCGAAAUCACAGCCAAAGUACUGAGAGCCAUAAACGCCACGGAGAAAGCAGUGUGUGAGUCGUUGCAUGGAGAGAGCCAAUGCAACGGCGGCUGUGCCCUCCCCACGGGGCAGCUUCUCAGCCUGGGAGACAGGAAAGAGGUGGCCGAAGCGUACCGUGAGCUUGAAGAAAACGUGUACCUGACUGCUGGGAAGACCUAUGAGCUUGAGAAGACCCUGAAGGAUCUUGAGGAAGGGGCUCAGCACAGCGGAACUACCGACUCGGAGCUAUCAGAGCUGGAGGAUAAAGUGGCCCUGGCAGCCACUCGGGUUCAUCAGGCAGAGAGCGAGGUAUCGGACAUCGAAUCUCGAAUUGCAGCUCUGUCCGCUGCGGGGCUGACAGUGAAGUCUGUGGAAAAGGUGAGGAAGAAGUCGAGUGGGCAGGCUGCCUGCCUCGACUCUCCCAUUCCCACCAGCCCAGGGGAGUCUUCAGAUGACAUUAAAGCGAUGCCCGGACUGCAGAGAUUCAGGAGGAAGUUCAACGGUCCCCUCGAAAUCACCAGUUUUGAUGACUCCUUUGACCGCAACUCUGUUUACCGUGGCUCCCUGACACAGAGAAACCCCAAUGGGAAGAACAGGAGGGUGGAGAGGCUCUUUGCGAAGCCUGUGAUGACCCACCUGUCCUGAGGAGAUGGGGACCCUCCUGCCACCGCAUUUCACUGACAAUACAAGACUUCAGCGCAAAGCCUCACCGCCUUCCCCCCAUGCUUGCUCUUCCUUCUCCCGUGCCCACCUCUCCCUGAAUCCUCGGACAGGAGGGAAGCCAGAGGCUGUGGGCAGGAGAUCUUGCCAGGAGCUGCCAGGGAGAGGAGUGGGGCGCUGGGGUGCAGAGACAUGGCCAGGCGCUCUCGUGGGAGGAUGCAGGCAUGAAAUCGUGGUUUCGGGUGGCUUUUUGGUACCAGGUCACCCAGUGGGACCAGAGGAGCACAGAACAGGAGUGACCUCCUUGGAGGCAGUUGGACAUCAGCGUGGCUUUCCAGCAUGGGGACCAGGUGUAGCGACAUGGCCCUCAGUUGGCAAAAGCUGUCAGUGCCUGUCCCUGCUCUCUCCCAGGCUGAUGCUGAGCAGGGACAGGGCCCGACAGCAGGUGCAGGAUGCCCUUGGUGUCCCCAAGGUAGAGAAGGAGGGACCCAGGAAUUCCAGACUGGGAUUCACAUCCCAGCACUGGUCCCAACUCCCUGUGAUGUCCCUUGGAGCAUCGCUUCCCUUCCCUGAGCAGCAGAGCAGGGGGAGAGCAGUGCUGGCUCCCUCACAGUGAGCACUUGGCCAACAGAUCUCUGCACAGAGCCACGCAAACACCCACCAAGGCUUCUCACCACCGUGCCUGAAGCAGCUGUGACCAUCUGAGGACGUGAGUGAGAGAAGGCUUGUGGAAAGCGGUGGCAAGAAAAGUGGAAGAAAGGCUGGAGGGCUUGUUGUGGAUUAGUUUUUCUAUCUCUUGAAGAUCUUCCCUUUCUGUGUGAGGCUAUAUCUGCAGGUUUAGAAGGACUCCAGCAAGCAGAGGUGCUUCUCUGGAGACUUUGCCCACUCUGCAGAGGGGUCAGCUUGUGCCAAGGGUGUUUUGUGGAUGAGUGUGUCCCCGUUAACAGGGUUGUAGAACCUGGUAGGACCGUAUGAUCCUUUGGAGGGGCUGUGAUGGUCUUUGGUGGCUGCGGUGGCCCUGGGCUCCUGCCAGGUGACAACAGCAUUGGUAACGCCCUUCCCCAGAUACCCCAAAUUGUUUGAUUUCACCCAACAUUUAAUUCCACACAUCCACGAGCCCCAGUGGAUCAGCGGCUGGCCCCAUGCCCAGUACAUUGGGAUGGGAGAAGAUUGCUUUCUCUUGCAGGUCACUUUAAAGGAGGUUCAUGCUAAAAAUUGAUCCGUGUGCUUUAUAGCCACCACCUCCCUCCCUCCGGGGUGCAGGGACAGUCUCUUGCAGCCGGAUGCUGACAGCUCCCCAUCCAUGGCCACCCAGGCUGGACCAUUUUAGGCCAUUCCUGUGCAUCUGAGCUAAAACCACUUUAAUUAUGAGCAGUAGUGUGAAUUCUCAUGCAAAUAACACAUAUGUUUGGCUUUGGUAGUAGCGGAGACUGCUAACCGCCUAGAAAUUGGUCCCGCGGUCAUCCUGGAGCAGUCUUGGAAGUCCAUGGUCUGGGUUUCCCAGUUGGAAACAAAUUAAGUUUCUUAAUAGAAAAUGAAAUCCUUCUGGCCUGACGUUCGAAAGGGUAAGCGCAAAACACUGCUGUUGUAGGAACUCUCCGAGACACAGUGGCAUUGCCGGGUGCCGUUUCUUGCUGCUCAGCCAGCCUCGGUGCUACCACAGCAGCUCCACCAUGAUCUGGGCAACACUAUGGCUUUGCACCCACCCUUCUGGUGUCCGGGUUCAGCCUUCACCCCAACCACACCUCUUGCUGUACCUGGUUUCAGCUGUAACUCAAGUCUUUCCACAGAACCGCUUGGAAGGUUGACCCUGAGAAGUCCUUUCAGUGAGCCUCAACGGCACAAACUAAGGCAUCGUUCAGUCCGUAGUUCACCCGCGUUGUUCUUUGCCGGUUUCCUGCCCCAUCUGCCCAUGUAGAGAUUAUAUAUACACUAAACCAUGCAAUAA